AUGUGACGCAUGCACUGAUUGUCAACAUGCAAGAUGGCGACGCUUCACAGACAGAACGCCGCUGGACGGAGAAAGGUCCAGGUUUCCUAUGUGAUUAGAGAUGAGGUGGAGAAGUACAAUCGUAAUGGUGUUAAUGCUCUUCAGCUGGAUCCUGCUCUCAACAGACUCUUCACAGCCGGCCGAGAUUCCAUCAUCCGGAUAUGGAGUGUCAAUCAACACAAAGAUCCUUACAUUGCUUCAAUGGAGCAUCACACCGACUGGGUGAAUGACAUCAUCCUCUGUUGUAAUGGAAAGACAUUGAUUUCAGCCUCUUCGGACACCACAGUGAAAGUCUGGAAUGCACACAAGGGUUUCUGCAUGUCCACAUUACGGACACAUAAGGACUAUGUCAAAGCUUUAGCAUAUGCAAAGGACAAGGAACUGGUGGCAUCAGCUGGGCUGGACAGGCAGAUCUUUCUGUGGGAUGUGAACACACUGACAGCUCUGACCGCCUCCAAUAAUACAGUCACCACUUCCUCCUUGAGCGGAAACAAGGACUCCAUUUACAGUCUGGCUAUGAAUCAGACAGGAACGGUCAUCAUUUCGGGAUCUACAGAAAAGGUCUUGAGGGUCUGGGAUCCACGAACAUGUGCCAAGCUGAUGAAACUAAAAGGCCACACUGACAACGUCAAAUCUUUAUUACUAAACAGAGACGGCACUCAGUGUCUCUCUGGAAGCUCGGACGGAACGAUACGCUUGUGGUCUCUUGGCCAGCAGAGAUGCAUUGCCACAUACCGGGUCCAUGAUGAGGGCGUGUGGGCCCUGCAGGUGAACGAAGCCUUUACACACAUUUACUCUGGAGGACGGGACCGAAAGAUCUACUGCACGGACCUGCGUAACCCUGACAUGCGUGUGCUCAUAUGUGAAGAGAAAGCACCCGUUUUAAGGAUGGAAUUAGACAGAUCAGCUGAUCCUCCACAAUCAAUCUGGGUGUCUACAACUAAAUCAUUUGUCAACAAAUGGUCUUUAAAGGCUAUGCACAACUUCAGAGCAUCAGGAGACUAUGACAAUGACUGCAGCGCCCCUUUAACCCCACUGUGCACACAGCCAGAGCAGGUCAUUAAAGGAGGCACCAGCAUUGUCCAGUGUCAUAUCCUCAAUGACAAAAGGCACAUACUCACUAAAGACACCAACAACAGUGUGGCAUUCUGGGAUGUCCUUAAGGCCUGUAAGGGGGAAGAUCUGGGUAAAGUGGACUUUGAUGAGGAAGUUAAAAAGAGGUUUAAGAUGGUCUAUGUGCCAAACUGGUUUUCUGUAGAUCUCAAAACUGGGAUGCUGACUAUAACGCUGGAUGAAAGUGAUUGUUUCGCGGCAUGGGUGGCAGCUAAAGAUGCUGGGUUCACCAGCCCAGAUGGAUCUGACCCUAAGUUGAAUCUUGGUGGGCUGCUCUUGCAGGCCUUGUUGGAGUUUUGGCCCAGAACUCAUAUAAACCCAAUGGAAGAGGAGGAAAAUGAGCUCAACCAUGUAAACGGUGAACAGGAGAGUCGAAUUCAAAAGGGCAAUGGCUACUUCCAGGUUCCACCACACACUCCUGUGAUCUUUGGUGAAGCAGGAGGGCGAACAUUAUUUAGGUUAUUAUGCCGUGAUUCUGGAGGAGAGACGGAGUCUAUGUUACUGAAUGAAACCGUACCUCAGUGGGUUAUCGAUAUCACUGUAGAUAAAAACAUGCCAAAAUUCAACAAGAUCCCAUUCUACCUCCAACCUCAUUCAUCAUCUGGGGCCAAAACGCUCAAAAAGGAUCGCCUGUCAGCUAGCGACAUGCUGCAGGUGCGCAAAGUGAUGGAGCACGUUUAUGAGAAGAUCAUCAACCUGGACACGGAGUCGCAGGCCACCAGCUCCUCAGCCAAUGACAAGCCGGGUGAGCAGGAGAAAGAGGAGGACGUGUCGGUGAUGGCUGAAGAGAAGAUUGAGCUCAUGUGUUUAGAUCAGGUCUUGGAUCCAAACAUGGACCUCAGGACUGUGAAGCAUUUCAUCUGGAAGAGUGGAGGAGACCUGACCAUUCACUAUCGACAGAAAUCCACAUGAAGACCUCUAAUCGCUGUACAGAGCCCGUCACGUUCAACCCACAUCACUCUGACUUCCAGAAGAAGCAUCCCAGAAUGCCCUGCUCUUCUCAGGUUUGACCGUCACCUUCAAGGAAUUUUCUUUUUGUCCUUCUCUCUUUUGCAGUGGCUAAAAUAACAGAGCCAGACAGUCGGUGGAAGGUUUAAGACUAGAGAUUGACGCAGGUGUCAUGACAUGCUGUGAACUGAGACUUCAUCAUUCGUCUGCCUUCAUUUCAGAUUUUUCUUUUGUAUAUUUAUUACUGUUGUGUUUGCGAAUGUGUCUUGUCCAGCUUAACAAUAAUAAUGAUGAUGCACACGUAUACUUCCAUUCUCAAGUCUGAAACAUUCCUGAUGGCGUUUCUGAUGGAGAUCCAGAACUGAAAACAUGCUUUUUUAUCGUCCCUAUUUUUUUGUCCUCCACAAGUAAGCUACUUUUAUUGUCUAGAUUUAACAGGAUGUUCACCCAAAAUUAAAAUGAAUCUACAUUUUUUUUACUCUGGUACAUCAAAGCUUCAAAAGUACAGCAAAUUCUGUUAAACACGCUGUAUAUUAUGAAUAUUUUAGUGGUAAUCAAUAUGCAACAAAUAAAUACAAUAUAACGUGCUGUUUAAUAAAACA